UUAUGUCAAAUCAAAUGGUAAAUGUCAAAAGUUCAUAAUUUUUUAUUUGUUUUGCUCGGCUUUGUAAUGUGUUUGUAAUCUUGAAACAAAACCAAAAAGCAGCGUAUUUGUAUUUUUACAUUUUGAGCAUUUAAAGACAUGAGUCAGCCAAGAUCGAGGGCAAGCAGAGCGGCGGAGGAAGCAGACGCGGACCCAGACCUCGGGGAGGCAAUCAACGAGUGCGCGCGGUUUCUGAUAUGCCGCGAAGGAAGCAAAAUACCCAUAAAAAGGGCUGAAAUCCAAAAAUUCCUUGCACCAAACUUCCAAAUACCUUCGAACCGUAUUAACGUAGUUAUUAGCGAAGCAAACAAACUUAUAAGAAAGGUGUAUGGCUGCAAACUAGUGCAAGUGGAAGCGAAGAGUGGCGUGCAGUUCAUAGUGGUGCUGGCGGAGGAGACUGAGUCGCUGCCGGACACAAGCAGCGACCCGGUGUUGCAUAGGAUGCUUGUGGCCGCACUCACACACCUGUUCAUGAGCGGGGGACGUGUUACUGAAGAGGCGAUGUGGGAUUUCCUGGACGAGGCCGGGCUGAUGGAGGAGGCUGACCACGCGGGAAGGAAGGACUUCAUCACCACAUUCACCAAGCAAUUGUACUUGUCUUAUUUCAAGGUAGGUGAAGGGGACCUGACUCGCCACGUCUUCGAGUGGGGACAGCGAGCCAUUGAAGAAGUGCCGCCUAUUCACCUGCUUACCAAGAUGUCUCAGGCGUUCGAGCGGGAGCCCGUGUACUGGCGAGAGCAGCACACCGCCGCCACGGGAGACAACGGGAUAGAAGACCGCACCGCAGAAAACUGACACUGACACAUACAUCCUAAUCCUAACUAAUAUUAUAAAUAUAGAAAGUAAGGU